UCCCCCCGCGCUGCUUUGACUGUCGCGGCUGGGUGAUGAUUUGCUUACUUGGAGCAGGACUGAGUUUGGAGCGGGCACUGUGAAAUGUGUAAGCAUGAUGUUGCCUGGAUAAUCAGCGGAGGACGUGAGGAGAGCAGAGACCCACAACCAGCUGAAGGCAAGUGAAGCAGCCACACCUCAUGCGCGGGCUCAGCGAAGGUCGGAGUGGAUACGGGUCUGACAAACAUGGGUGUGCUCCAGCUCCACAACCCCACUCACCCCAGCACGCUCCUGCAGCGGGCAAACCAGAUGCGCCUCACCGGCACCCUGUGUGAUGUCAUCAUCACCGUGGACGGCCAGGAGUUCCCGGCGCACCGCACCGUCCUGGCCUGCACCAGCAAAAUGUUUGAGAUCCUGUUCCACCGCAGCAGCCUGCGCUACGCCCUGGACUUCCUGUCCCCCAAGACCUUCCAGCAGAUCCUGGAGUACGCCUACACCGCCUCGCUCCAGGCCACCGCCGAGGACCUGGACGACCUGCUGUACGCCGCGGAGAUCUUGGAGAUCGAGUACCUGGAGGAGCAGUGCUUGAAGGUGCUGGAGACCAUCCAGGCGGAGGAGAGCGAGGAGGUGGCGGUGAGGAACCCCAGCUCCGGAGACCACAGUGACCACAGCCGGGCCAGGCACUGGAGGCACAUGUUGAUGUCCAAGAAGCAUUCCAUACAGGAUGGACCCACCCGCAACUCCCCAACCGCUCUGCACCACCUGGCCCUGUACCACAUGACAGAGAGGAGCUCUCCCGGUCCAGAGUCUGAGGCGGCUCCUGAAUCGAGUCCCAAGCUGGAGGCAGAGGUCGACAUGGAGGGUUCCGAGCAUCCUCAACCCGAGUUAUCUGAGGCCUCCUCCCAGGAUCCCGCCAGAAGUAUAAAAUCAGAGAACAUGCAGGUGGAUGAUGGCGAGGGCAGGUCUUCCAGCACCGGGGAGGGAAGCUGUGCAUCCGACCAGGCCAGAGACGAGGGUCCGGGGACGCCCCUGAGAGGCAGCGUGAUCACCAGCGCCCGAGAGCUGCACACAAGCCCAGAAGACAGCGGACAAGUGGUGGGAAACUCUCUCGACUGUUUCCCCGGGAUCUCCGAGAAACAUCUCGCCUCCAUAUACUCUGUCCCCUCCAACCACACGGGGGAGGGGAUGCUGCCCGUGUCCGUGUCAGUGGCCCCGUCCCUAGGCGUGCCGCUGGACCCCCGGGCGUACAGCGGCCUGCUGCACCAGGGCUUGCUGCACCGAGAGCUCCUCAGCAGGCUGGGCCAGUUUGCAGCAGGGAUGAGGCACGAGGGCCAGGCUCAAGGCCAGCUGUGUUGUGGCGAGUGUGGGCUUCAGCUGCACAGCAGGCAGGCCAUGGAGCAGCACAGGAGGCUGCACAACGAGGAGAAGGGCCACGGCUGUGAAUACUGUGGCAAACACUUCCAGGACAGCAUGCGGCUACGGAUGCACAUGCUGUCUCACACAGGGAUGUGCCGUAGGCGGGAAGCGUCUGCUGUAGAGAGAACACCCAGUCCUUCUGUGGCCUCUCAGGCAGACAGUCUGCUCACUGUUCAGAGACUGAUAACAGGGCACGCUCCCGCAGAGGCGCUGGUGUGUGAUCAGUGUGGAGCAACAUUCUCUUCAGAGGAUGCUCUGGAAGCCCACAGGCAAACACACACAGGGACUGACAUGGCGGUGUUCUGUCUGCUGUGUGCAAAGCGCUUCCAGACCCAGAAGGCCCUGCAGCAGCACAUGGAGGUCCACGCAGGCAUGCACAGCUACAUCUGUAGCCACUGCGAGCGCCCCUUCCCCAGCCACACCACCCUCAAAAGACACUUGCGCUCGCACACGGGCGAUCACCCGUUUGAGUGCGAAUUCUGCGGGAGCUGUUUCAGAGACGACGGCACGCUGAGGGGCCAUAAACGCAUCCACACAGGAGAGAAGCCUUACGAGUGCAACGGCUGUGGGAAGAGGUUCAGCCUCAAACACCAGCUGGAAACACACUACCGUGUACAUACAGGUGAGAAGCCAUUCGAGUGUAAGCUGUGUCACCAACGGUCCAGAGACUACUCGGCUAUGAUCAAGCACCUGCGCACUCACAACGGAGCCUCUCCAUACCAGUGCACCAUCUGCCAGGACUUCUGCCCGAGCCUGGCCGCCAUGCAGAAGCACAUGAAGGGCCACAAACCGGAGGACGUGCCAGCGGACUGGAGGAUAGAAAAGACUUACCUGUACGUCUGUUACGUCUGAGCAGGACUUGGACCCAAUGCACAGUCUCUCUUUCACACACACACACACACACACACACACAUACAUGCGUGUCAGUGUCUGGUGAAGACCUCGUAACUCCAGUGUUGCUGUUUUUUCAUGCUGAAAGAUUAUAUGUUUUAUGUAGGGUUAAAAAAAAAAAAACUCUUUUUUGGAUAGACUGAAAAGUGCAUUGUGGGAAGUUGUCAUUCUAGGAGAUACAAGGUUUUUACCUGACAGACAUGAGACAUGCAAGCACGACUACAAAAUGUGUGCACAUGCUACACUAGGGCUGCUACUAAUGAUUAAUUUCAUUGUCAAAUUAGAUUAUUUUUUACUACUUUCGUGAUGAAUCUGGCAAAUGUCAGAGAAUCGUCACUUUUUGGUGGCUUGCAAACAACUCAUUCUGUCAGACCAACAGUCCAAAGAGAUUCAGUUUAUAACGAUGUGAAAAAGCAGCAAAUUCUCAUAUUCUCAGAAGCAGGAAAACUGAAAACGAUCAGCAAUUCACCCCGAAAUUGACUCAAACGUUUAAACUGAUGAUACAAAUUGUCGACAACUCCUCUCCUGGCGACUUAUCGUUUCAGCCCUAGUGCACACAAACGUACACUCACACAUGCACACAGUUUUGAUAAUAACUGUAUCUCUAAUGGAUCCACUGUGGUUAAAAAAUCGAUGCCACAAUGGCUGCGACUGCUGACCUGUAUGUGUAGCAGGAGCUUGUUUUUUUUUGUUUUUUUUUUUGAUUGAUCGCUAAAAACCAUCGGGCAAAACCUGAGUCAUCUUCUAUGAUUGUGCCGUAGAUGUUGAAAAUAAUUCCACGAAGGCUUGAUUUGGCUGAACCUUGCAACACUUUUCUCUCCUGAAUUCCUGUGACUUUCUCAGUUUUAUUUUCUGCUGUUGGAUUUUUAUUUUGGAGUUGUUUAUUUUCUGCAUGUUUUACUUGAAUGGCUGCCACGUUUUGACCUCAUAAGCUUGAUCUCUUUAAUUGCCUUGUCUUUCUUUGCAGUGGGUGUUAUUGUUUUGUUUUUUUUCGAGAUAGCUGGCUUACAAUUUCAGUUUCUCUCUCGCAAUGUAAUAGGUUUUUUGCUAUUUAUAUGUUGUUUAUUUGUUACCAAAUAUGUGCUGGUUUUCAUCACACAGUCGGCGUCUCUUGUGAUGAUUUUUUUCUAGUAGAGCAAGCUCUACCUCUCCUCACUUUUCAACCAUUUGUUUUAGACCUACUGCAAAUUAUUCACCCGUCAGUAGUUUUAAUUUUCUAACAAAUACACCCUGAUUUAAAUGGUCGAACAGUGUGUAAAAAAAAAAAAAGGGCCACAACAUGGCUUUUAUGUGUAGUUUUUUAUCAUUAACUAUAUAUAGAUGUCUUAUAAAAAUCACAGAAUCGGAAUUUUCUAGGAGGAAAACUGAAGAAAAGAUUGAAAAGAUGUUGUUGUUUUGUUUUUUUCGUUGUUUUUUACAAAAACCUGAAAAAGAAAAUUCUGACAUUGAAUCACUAUGAGCAGGUUAUUUGUCGGUUAUAGUGUAGCUGUAAUGUACAAACUGUCAUGGUAUGUUAUUCCCUUAUGUGAGCCUAACACGGGCCUUAUAGAUUUAAAAACAUGUUGUAUUUUUGUAUUACAGUAAUUUGCUAUCUGUUUACAUUUGGUAUGAUUUGAGAAAAAAAAGACAUCUUAAUGUGUGUGUUUUAUAAGUCUCUGAUUUGAUUAAGAUCCCUCCCUUGUGCCUCUUUUAUAAGUAGAGCAUCGAUGUGCUUGAGUACAUGGGUCUGUGCUAUUUGGUAGCUGUUUCUGGGUGUUUGUUUAUUGUUACUUAAUUAAAGAUAGACUGCCAUGUAGAUCCACUUUGUCUGAACAUUGCAACUGGAAGCAACAUACUGUGAUAGUGGCUGAUCCUCUGAGACAAGCGUGUACUUUUACAUCCGAAAAAAAAAAUAAGAAAAAAACAUUUGCUUGGAACUUGUAUCCAAUUGUUCCCUUCAAAGUGACAACGGGCUGAGGUCUCUGGAUGAAAUUUAAAAAACAAAAAAAAACAAAACAGUGUGUAUAGCAAAACUUGGCGUCUGUGGGCAUUUUGCCUUCUUAAGUAGCCAACAACACUCAGUGCCAUGAGAACACACAUUCACUGUAUCUAUUCUACAUGAACAUGCACUAUAACUGGAUUUCCUCGGUGGACCAAAAGAAAUAGAGCACUUUUGUUUGAAAAGGGGUUUUUUCUUUGAUCUUUCUAUGUUGUGAUAAUGCAGAUGUCCUUUUAUUUGAUGUGUCCUAGAAGGAUGUGAUUAGCAUUGUUUAGAUUAUGUCAAUGUCUGUCUACCUCAGGGCCAGAUCAAAGCUUGACCUGGUAUCCAAUCAGGGUUGUUCUUCUUGCCAUGUGUGCAGUAAAAAUCCCUCUUCAUUACAGCUUUGUAACACAGUGUGUGAAAGUGUUUUUUCUCAGUGUGGAUUCAGGCACAACUCUGUAUGCGUCAGUGUUCGGUGGCAUGGUUAAAAAAAGAAAUAAAACAAGUUACUAUUUUAUGCA